AUGGGUAAAAAGGAUCGACCUACAGCUCGACGCACGACGGCGAUCACGCCUCGUUCGACCUCGGCUUCGGACGUGUUGACCCGCUUCUCACCCUCACCCUCAUCCUCACCUUCUUCCUCCUCCUCGUCCGCAUCGUCGUCGUCGUCUUCAACCUACUACUACGCGCACCUGCACCGAGCACCCGAUACCCACACUCUAAGGGUCUACGACGCCUCGUCCGGGAAAUGCAUCAGUCGAUGGGCGAGCGAUGCGCAUUCGCUCGGUCGAGCGGGCGAGGAAGGAGCGGAGCAAGGCGAAACGGAAGAACAACAAGCUCGGCACAAGGUCCAUGCGAUCGAAUGGGCGUGGGUACCUAGUGCCAAAGGGGAAAAGGAAAAGAAUGUUGAAGCUGCGGAGGAGGAAGGUCAAGGGGAUAAGAAGAGGGGCAAGAAGAGGAGAAAAUCGGAUUCCCACCUCGAGACUCUGGUCGCUGCAGCUCCAGUAGCUGCUGUGGACGCUCCGGGGCCCAAGUCGGUGUUGGUGUUGGGUCAGGAAUCGGGUGAGAUUCUCGUUUGGUCGCCGAAUGGGAAGGAGGAAUGGACCUUGUCCCAUCCUAGCGUCAAUAGUCCCGUCACCGCUCUCGCCAGCCCGGCAACCUCGACGGGUCAUCUUUGGUCGACGCAUCAAGAUGGAAUCGCACGCGUAUGGGAUCUUACCACCCGAUCCUUGAUCGCUCGCACGACCGUCUUGGGCGAUGAAGUGACGGCAUGGGACGACCUCGCCGUUCGGUACGCGAGUCCAUCAUCGGAAGAAAACAAGAUACCCGUCCACCUCGUCCUCUCCAAAGCCUCGCUUCACAUCUACUCGCUGUCACUGGGUACCAAAGCGCCGAAAAAAGACAAGGUCAAGGAACUCAAAUCGACUCUUGUCGGAAGAUGUACGGGCCACGUCGACGUCGCGAGGGUCGAGUGGGUCCAGCACAAGGUCGACGAGUCUGCGAUGGAGGAAGAUUCUGCGGCCGAGAAGGACGACCUCGCCUUCUUCACGUAUUCCAAGACGGAUCGGUUUGUCCAACUUUGGUCGUUCAGUCUUUCGAGCCCUACAAAGGACGCUCAACUGGUCGCUCGUUUGGGUCUCGAUUCGGGCGUGCAAGCAAUCGCUUCGAACGUAGCUCAUCUCGUCGCUAUUGAUGCAGAGGGGAAGGGUUACCUCACCUCCCUUCCCUCGUCUACGACCUCAAGUAAGAAGGUCGAAGCACUUAAAGUCGAGACGGAAGUACAAGGUGCGACGCUUGCGAAUGCGGCUUUGCGAUCGGACAAGCUGGUGCUCUGUAGGGAUGGGGUCAAGCCCAUUUUCGAACAGGUCGAAUAUCUGAGCGAGGCGGGGUCGUUGGUGGAGAAGAUUGCGUUGGAGAAGAAUGCGGCGGGUUUGUUCGCGAAUGGGCAGGAGGAGAGUGUGGGGACGGCAAGUUGAAUUCUCUCGUUUUUUGUGCCCUUGGACUCGAGCACUUACUCUCCUCGUUGUCGCUUUCCUCCGUGCAGGCCCCACCAUCUCGCUACGUCGAGCAUCCCUCGAGCAACUCUCGGUCCGCGGAACCGAACCUUGCUACUGAAGGUGGUGAAGACGACGACGAUCUCGCCCAUUCGGGUCAACUGGACGUCGAUAUGGCCGAACCUACCCUUGCCGAUCGGUUGCAAGCGAUGAACGUUUCCAAGGCGAAGCAGAGCAAGGAUGCUUUGGCGAUUCGGGAGGACGAUGAGGAGGUUUCUUCUGGCGAGGACGAGGGCCUUUCUUCGGACGAAGAUGAGGAUGAAGACGAUGACGAGGAUGAAGAGGAUCUUUCGAAUCGUCUCGCUGCGCCCGCGACGACACUCACAACGACCCUGAUCCAAGCUCUUCACUCCUCCGACGCCCCUCUACUUGAAUCCUGUCUGUUGCACGAUUCACCCACCCUCAUCCGAUCGACGGUCCAGAAACUCUCUUCGGGAAGUUUGGUCCUGAACCUCCUCGAAGCGUUGGUUCAGAGGUUGGGUACGGGCAAGGGAGGUAAAGUGGGUGGUACGGCGAGCGUGCAAAGGUCUAGGGGUUUGAUCGAGUGGGUCAAGCAAGUUUUGGUCGUGCACGUUGGGUUUUUGGUCACGGUCAGUCCAGGGACAAUACGAAGCUUAUCUUCCUUUGAGUCCGAGAUGGAGAACUCAUCCCCUUGACCUUUCCAACUCUCUCAGAUCCCCUCCCUCGUCACGCGGCUCUCGGCCCUACACGCCAGUCUGACGAGUCGACUUUCGAUCCAACCUACCCUAUUCGCGUUGAAUGGUCGUCUCGAUCUCGUCUUGGCGCAGAUCCAAAGUCGACAACAAGGCGUGAUCAAACGACGGGUUGCUGCGAAGGGAGGCAAGGUGGGUGCGCAGGGUACGAGGUAUGUCGAGGGGGAGAGUAGUGAGGAUAGUGAGGACGGGGAGGGAAGUGAGCCUAGUGAAGAUGAAGGCAGCGUGGAGGAUGUGAUGCUUGGUGGGGAUGAUGAGGAGGACGACGACGACGACAGUGGGGAAGGGAGUGAGGAGGAAGAUGAGGAGCUUGGCAGUGCGGAAGAAGGGAGUGGGGGAGGGGAGGAGGGGGUGGAGGGUUUGUUGGAGUUGGAAGCUAGUGAGGACGAUGAGGAAGAUGACGAUGAGGAGAACGACGACGACGAGGACGAGGAUGAGUCGGAUUAA